GAAUAAUGCAAAUAUUAAAUUAAGGGUUUUAGUGUAUAAAUAAUUAGGUGCUCUAAACCUGAGACUGAAACUCAACACAACAUAGUGUGCUUGUUAUUCGUUGCAAGCAAUUUGUGUGAAAGAAAGAAAGAAAGAAAGAUGGGUAACGUGAAUGUGAAUGGAAAUUCUUCAUCUCCUCAAGUUCCUGCUGCUCCAUUACAAAGACAUGAUGAGAUGCAUGUUAUUGUUCCCACUCAUUCAUCAUCACAAACAACUCCUGGCUAUCCAGAUAUAUACAAUGAAAACAAAGUUCCAACUAUGAUUACUUGGAGUUAUGGUGGUGGUCAACAAAUUUUUGUUCAAGGAUCCUGGGAUAAUUGGAAUUCAAGAACUGCCUUGCAGAAAUCGGGCAAAGAUUUCACAAUAUUGAAGGUACUGGCCUCUGGUGUUUACCAUUAUAGGUUUAUUGUUGAUGGAAUAGGCUGUUAUGACCCGGAGUUGCCUUGGUCGAAAGAUGAAGCUGGGAAUGCUUGCAACAUCUUGGACUUACAGGAUUAUGUUCCUGAAGAUAUUGGAAGCAUUUCUGCUUUUGAACCUCCUCAAUCACCAACCUCAAGUUAUGAUAAUUUACCAUUUAGUUCUGAAGAUUGUGCAAAGGAGCCGCCAUUAGUCCCUCCACAGUUAGCUACGACGCCGCUAAAUGUAUGUACAGAAAAUGUGGAAAUCCAACCUACUAAGCCAAGACCUCAACAUUCAGUGCUCAAUCAUUUUUACAUCCCGAAAGGAGAAAGCAGUCCUUCAGUGGUUGCCCUUGGUUCUACUAAUCGGUUUCUGUCCAAAUAUGUUACUGUGGUGCUUUACAAGUCUGUGCAGAGGUAGUAAACACAAAUGAGAUGGACCAGUCAUUAACAUUAAUCACUGCACGAAAGUCAAGAUUGUAUUACAUAUAAUGCAAUUGCUUAUUGGCUAAUUAUCAGAUGAUUUAGUUUCAAUUCUUACACUUUUGGUGAUACUUUUAUCUAGGAAUUUUGAUUGAGUAUUCAAAAGGAUAAAAUAGUUUACGCAUUCAUAUCACUUAUAGCUGAAACAACAAUUAUGUGGUUAAGUUAUUUUGCAGUUCGUAUCCUCUAUAUUUGCAUUUUCA